UUAAGAACAGUGCAGCGUUGGCAUAGGACUCCAUGCCCUUGCUAUUUUCAAUCUGUAUCCCUUUAAGACCCUGGCCGGUACUUUCACAUUCAAAACUAUUGAUCUUGGUUAGCUCCCAGCAGCGUGGGUUCAAUCAAACGGCUUUGCGUCAGUGCUUUCAUCCCAUCAAUGAACGCUGAGAACCUGCAAUGGGGAUGUGAACAGGAAAAUCAGCCUGCUCAACAAGGCAGAAAGCGUUUUAGACGUGGCUCCAUUGCUCAACAACUUGCCAGUCAGAGUUUGCCACCGGGGCCCGCCUCAGUGAAAGAACUUUUCAAUUAUCCUUCUGAACUCUUGCGGGCAAUCUUCACCAACCAUGAUUGCAAACGUCGCUGCGUUGAGCUUCUUUCAUUGGGUGUCGCUGAAAGUAGUGAUUACAGUGGCAUUGGGGCUGAGAGGGAGGCAAAAAGGUUGCUUUUUCAAGCGUUGUCCGAGGAUCUUGGAAUUGCUAUUCCCCACAUUUACACCAGAGCGUGUGACAUUGACAAGCAAUGCCAAAACUUUUUGAUUCAGGCUUCCACACAGGUAGAUUCAGGCUCUUCGUGUGUUUUCAGUGACAUCAGGGAACAGCUACACCCAACUGCCCAAGCCUUUUGUUUCGAGAAUGCUCCCAAACCAGAGGCUUCCCAGGAAGAGUGUGAGGCCAGUUUGACAAGGAUUUGGCGCUACCUCCUGGAGAAUUCAAGUUGGUGUGUGACGCAGGCUGGGGCAGGGGUGGGGAAGCUUGACCAUACCUGUUGGUGCUUGGCGCAUGGGAAGUUCUGCGUGGUAAACAAACCGAGGGCUGAUCUUGACAAGGGUCAGGUUCAGGGGAUGACUUCUGCAGCAUUGGUGUUGAACAGCGCAGGGAAUUGCUGUCAGGGGUGGAGCAGUGAAGGAAAAAGAGCGCGGGCUGCCCACGGCAGCCAACACGCACUGGCUGCCUGGGUCAGCCAGCGCAGGCAAUUAGCUAGGGCAAGGCAGGAGGACAUGUUUUUCCAAGAGUGCACACCUUUGUUUGACGUUCAGCGGUUUGUGAAAGAUCCUUUGCAAGGGACACACCACAUUGUUCAAGUCAUCACUGGACCGACUAGUCUGGGUUGGCCUACUUCCCGUGACCGCCAACUUGCGGCAGGAUUGAACCUGGAGACUUUGGUGUGGGUUGGGCCUGAGACCGCUCAAGCGAUAGAUGAAGAGUUUACUAAGUUUUUUGAGCGCUUUUGUAUGUUGAAUGGCAGCGUCUUCUUUCAAUCAGACCUUGACGCAACAAAGUCUUGGUGUGAAAAAAGGUUGAAGCAGAAACAUUUCUUUGGACCGAUGCCAUCAGGAAACCAGUUGUGGAGAAAGGUGUUGUCCCCUGGACAGCUUCAGCGCUUGGAAGCAUACCAGCUUGUCGUGAAAGAAAAUGCGGCUUUGGAUGGAACUUUCAUUUGUGAUUUGGACCAUUGGCCAGACAGCCCAGGGCCAUCGCAUGGUCCAUUUUUCCCUUGCCUUCUCCGACAUGGGCUCAUCAUGGAUUUGAACACCUUCAAAAUUGCCAGUUCGAUGGACCGCUUCCUGGCGUUGGGUUUCCAUAUGACCAGGGAUGUCAGUGAAAGGUUUCAUUGGCCCCUGGCGGAGUACGCCAUGGCGCUUCCUGACACAGUGGUGAAGUCAGACUCCAAGAACACACGGAAGCGGAAGCAGUCUCGGAAGGCAAAGACUCCAGCAGCUCCAGCAAGCCCAAAGGUUUCGACGGAGAAGAUUGAGCGCAACGGAUGUCUUGACACCAAGCAUUAUGUACUUCUUGACAAGUUGCCCAAGGCUGCCUUGCCGGAUAAACCACCAGCGGGCAAGCACCAGUAUCAGCUUUCUCUUCACCGAAGUGUCAAGAUUGUGUUGAACUUCAAGGUGCGUUACAUGAAGGUGGUGCACUUCCAUGCAAAGCGGGGUUAUCGUUUCAAGGGUGUUCAUGACAUUGCAAGGGUUUGGCGAAGUGCCCUUGAGCAAGCGCAGACUUGGAUGGAGAACCCGCCUCAACCCCGACUCUUUCAGCCACCCAUUCAAUCUGGCGCGGGUGCGUCUCGAUCCGAUGUCAAUGCCGGCGAGGAUCUUUCCGGCCAUGAGUUCUCGGACUCGGAAUCGGACUCUGGCUCAACUGACCACAAGAAGGCAUUUGACAAUAUGAUGUACCAACGAAAGUCGCGCAAAGAUCUCUCCAAAGAGGAGAAAGAGGCUUUUGAUGCAGAGAUGAAGGAUGACGGAGCUGCGGGGAAGGCUGUCGGAAACUUCGCGCGUGACAACCCACCGGAAAUGAAGAGGAAAGGCUUGGUUGACUUUGCAAAGUUUGUUCGUAGCUAUGGACAAAGGGUUUCUUCAAAGGCCUCAGAAGGCACUGUCCCCAUGACUGAGCGAGCUUUUUUCAAGCAUGCUGAGAAUGUGAUGGGUCUUACCGAUGACGAGGCCAAGGAAGCAUGGCAAGGGUAUGAGAAGGAUCCUGGCAUUGAACGGGACAACAAGGGGUUCAGGGGGCUGAAAGGUUGUGGCUCCCACUGCAAGAGUCCAAGACAAAAGAUCGUGAACACUAUGUGGAUAACCAGGGGCUCUGUGGACAAGCCCGAGGAGGAUGCUCCGAGCAAGCCCGUGAACUUGACCCGUGAAAAACCAAUCUUGCAUCGCCAGUGUGACAACCAUGUGCGCAAACUCACAAAUGAUUUGAAGAAGUCUGUAUCUGUUGCCGAUGCUGCUGCAGCCGCCUACAGAACUCAUCCAGAGCAGUUGAAGACUGGUGACCGUGCGCUUCUUUCGCUGGCUCGUGUGUUGCAAUUCCGCCAUGAGACAGGGGUGCGGUGCCUGGGGUCGGUGACGGACAUUCUUCAGCUGGUGCCAGAUGCUUCUCUCACGAGGAAGUCUUCUGGAGAACCAGCUGGAGGCGCUGACGCGGAUGUUUUGACUGCCCGCAGGCAGGUGACUUUUGAAGAGUUUCUUCAAGAGCACCGCGCAAGCAAGGAGAAGUUUUGGGAGGGCGAGACUGAGCAUGUCAUGUGCCUUGGAGAUGCCUGGGCGUUUCUGGACCAAAUUUUGGACGCCCAAGACACAGCUACGUUUUUGGGGCUGAAGCGCAAGUGGAAUUUGGCUGAGAAAGCCCUUGGGCAGAUUGUGAAGGGUGUCAAACAGUCAGCUGACGACUUGACAAGGCACAUGAAGGUCAAAGUGUCUGAAAACAACCGCGCUCAAAAGCGCAAGGCCGAAGAGCAGGACAAGCAAGCCUUGCAGAAAGUCAAGGAUGAUGCAAAGGCCGCAGCUGACGCCAUCAAGAAACGAAAGCAAAGCGCAGAGGCAGUUCCUGCACUCUUCACUGCGUCUGUUCCAGACAAUGUGGCUCAGAGAGUGUCUCACCUGGACAGUUUGGCUCAGGUGGCAGAAACUCAGUGGCGCCAUGACUUUCCCUGGAAAUGCCCCAUGUGUGAUUCCCUGAAGAUGGUUUUGGGGGAGGGCAAGGUGCAGAAAGCGCUUGCUACGUGGGGAUCGCAGUACAAGAGGACCCUGGCGCAGACCAAGCUUGACCAGGUAACAUUCCCAUUCGAAGAGAAGUCGGGGCUGCGUGAUGUGAAUGGUGUUUUUGCAGACAUCGUCAAGGCGACCGAGCUACCCGACAUUUCAGGUGUCCCAGGUGGCAAAGCCUUCACGUCUGCUGCUUGGCUCUUCGGGUGUCAUGUUGACAUGAAAGCUGUUGGAUUCACCCCAAACCAUGCAGCGUUGGUCAAGUUGCUUGCCGUUGGGGAGGUCCGCCGCAUCCUUGUUGAGUGGUCCUCCUUCAAGGAUGCCAUUGGUGAGUUUUCCAGCAUCGAAGAGGUUUUGACAAAGUUCAAAAAAAUGGACCAGGAUGGUUUGAAGGAUUUGGCUGCCAAGGGGGUGGUGAUGAGGCAAUGUCUCUUGCAAAAGCAGGAGGUCUUGUACAUCCCAAUGGGCUGGCUGAGUGUUGAAGUCGCCUGCCCCUCUCCCUUCAUCUAUGGGAUUCGGAAGUCCUUCUUCAUCAAGAGCAAAGGGAAGGUGUACGAAGAGUCCAUCGAGGUUGCAAAGAGCAUGGAAGGCACUGGCAAGAGUGUGGAGAGGAUGGGGAAAAUUUUGGAAACAAUGGACAAGUAA